UGUCAGAGUAUCCAGCAUGCAAUCGAGACAUUUCUUGCUUUGUAUAGCGACUAGUGUGCUUGGGAUAUGUACCCUAACAGCCAGUUCCUCCCCAUUUGACAGAGAUUCACCAUCGUCUUUGACUGAAUCUGACCACAAAGGAUCCGCGCCUGCUUCUCCGUUUGUGUUCAGCGACCUGGUCAUUUCUCCGUCGAUGCUACAGGUCGACCAACUCGUGAAUGUCAACGUGUCUUUCAAGAUCACCAAUACUGGAAACAGAGAUGGGGACGCGAUUGCAGAGAUGUACACAUCCUGGAUGAACGCUACAGACUCUACGCCUAUCAACAAACUGGACGGAUUUGAGAGGUACUCAGUGAAGAAAGGGACUUCCGUUUCCGGCAGCAUGACGAUUUCUUCUAAACAGCUGCAGUUGAAUGAUGCUGUGAAGGGGUGGACGGUGGAACCAGGGACUAUUACCAUAUUUGUUGGUGGCCAGCAACCGAACCAACACAACCUGGGCGGAUCCAACAUUAUAAACGGAACACUUUUGUUAUAUGACGGGCACAGGAACUCAGCAGGGACCAGUGUUCAGACAUUGACCUGUCCCUCAGGAUUCCAGUCCACUAUUCUGGGAACGUGUGCAGACACAAACGAAUGUCAAGGUUCUGCGCCAUGUACCAAGGGCACCUGCAUGAACACCAAUGGUAACCACUACUGUGACGACAGUCAGUCCAUCGACAAGAACAACCAAACCGUCUGUGGCUCCGUAACGUGCAACAAUUUUGCCAACUGUGUAAACAACACCAACACGUGCAUCUGCCAGCCAGGAUAUACGGGCCCAACAUGCAGCGUUCAGCUUUCGUGCGAUAAAAUGUGUAGGAACAAUGGCACUUGUGAUUUCCAAGGGAUAGAGGAAGUAUGUAUCUGCAGUGAAGGCUUCACCGGAAGUGAGUGUCAGUACAGCCUCAACAUUUGCAAUCAGUCACAAUCAGUUUGUUUGAACAAUGGUACCUGCGCGUUUGGACAGUUUGACAGCUUUCCGAGUUGUAGCUGCUCGGGGUCCUAUGAGGGACUGUUUUGUGAGGCCUCAAACUGCAGCACUCUCUGUUACCCCAGUAAUAAAGAUGCGUCUUGUGGAGGAAGCUGCCCUUGUAACAGUACUUACUAUGGGGACUCCUGCCAGUACACGACCUGCAGUUGUGAAAAUGGCGGAGUGUCGGUUCCAGAUGACGUGGCUUCCUGUCGCUGUGUUUGUCCGGAAGGAACUAGUGGCGCCAACUGUUCAGUGAGCACAGUCAACGAGUGCAGAUCCUCUCCGUGUCAAAAUGGCGGAACAUGUAUGGAUGAAAUAGGUUAUUACACCUGUAAGUGUCCGCCUGAAUAUAGUGGUUAUAACUGUGACAAAAGAUGCGAGUUGGAUCGAAAUUGUCUUUGGAAAGACUGCAUGCAAUGUAAGAACAAGUUUGGUGACGGAGUGUGUGACAGCGAGUGUAACAUUGAGUUGUGUCUGUUUGAUGGCUUCGACUGUUACAAUGGCAGUGCCGGCGUCUGUAACGGGACCUACCCAAACGGAACGAAAGUCAUGGACCUUCCCGAUAAAUGCAUGGGCCUAUACGACGACAACAUCUGUGUGUCCAAUGAAACAACUGCGGAGGUCCUUUGUCGGAACCAGGCGUGCGGAAGUGAUGGACUGGAUUGCCUUGACAACAAGAGAAGCUCUUCCAACAUCAUUGGAGUGUUGGUGGUGGAUUUCAUCCUGAAAAAUAACGGGAUUACCGACGAGGCUGUGCUAAACGACUCCACGCCGACACUGUUUGGCAAGUUGCUGCCCUAUUCUCUCAGUUCUUACCAGGGAUUUCCCGCCUUCUUUGUUCGGCGGCAGACGACCGAUUCUUUCAGUCCUGGAACCGGUUCUAUGAUGGUCAACCCGUAUCCUGACUUCUUUACAUCGCUCAAAUACCGAGUUUACUACAACGUGGCGAACCAGCCCAACUGUAGCAGUUCCUCGUCCUUUCCAUGUUGGACCGACAUCACCAGUGUGUCUCGAUAUGUCGCACUGACCGCCACUAGUCUCCUCUCGACCUAUAUAGACAGUUUCACAGAGCUUUUCACUUGCACGGAGGGUUAUUAUGGAAGUAGAUGCGCCAUGAACUGUAGUUCCAUGUGUCAAAGCAACAGUGCAGGUCGCACGUGUGAGAUGGAUACGGGAAAGUGCAUAUCUGGUUGUAGUAGCAAUUCAUAUACGGGAGAUAACUGCGAUAUAAUGUGUGCCAGCAACUGUCUGGGGUCGUGUUCAAACACUGAUGGAGUCUGCGCAUUGACGUCAAAUAACACGAGGUGUAAAGCGGGCUACCAGGGCUUCUAUUGUAACGAAACAUGCAGUUCGAUUACGUACGGUAUUGACUGCGCAUUCAACUGCUCCACAAAUUGUAAAACAGGAACAUGCGACCCAAUGACGGGGUACUGCACGUGUAAGCCAGGCUACAGUCAAACUGACCCUAUGUGUAGAACUGCCUGCUCCUCUGGGACUUAUGGCGACAACUGUACGGGUGUAUGCAAUCCGUGCGGUACGGGGUCUCCGUGUAACACUGUAGACGGGAGUUGUUCCUCAUGCCCAGCGGGCAAACAAGGGUCCUUGUGUAACCAAGACUGCUCCGAUUAUACCUAUGGCACGGGAUGCAACGAGAAAUGUAGCACCAAUUGUGCCUCGGUGUGUGACAAAACCAACGGAACGUGCACUCCUUGUAAAGCAGGCUACGAAGGGAUGUACUGUACCGUCAAGUCCAAGUCCGACGCCGCUACCCUCGCGGAUCCAACCAGCGACAUGCAGUCCACCAUCAUCGCUGCUAUCAUCAUCAUCGUCUGUCUACUGGCCCUCGCUGUCAUCAUCGCCGUCAUCUUGUGGAGAAGAAAUCAAGGAUCGGAAUAUGAAUUAAAUGAAGUCGAGCCGUUGUCAACUAAGAAACUGAAUGGCGAGAAUGGAAACGCGUUUGAAAUGCAAGAAAAGAUUGAUACAACAGUUACACUAGAAAAUGAGAAAAGGCCAGACGCAGAGGACACGCCCCUGUUGGAACAAACUGACAAAGUGUAUACUGGUGAUGCUGCUCAAACGAACCCAACAGAGAGCUCAAAAAGCGAUAGGUCAUCGUCAUCGUCCAGUACCGAGAGCACAAAAAAUAAUGACGCAGGAGAUAGUGAUGCAAUCAAUAACGGGGGCAUCCUUAAACUUGACUUCAAAUACAUUGAUGUAGAGAGUAAAGAAAAUUCUCAAGAAGAUGUACGAGACACUGAAAAAGACGAGAGUACAACAGAAACUGGGGGUGAGGGCAACGUAACAGGUGAUGUCAACACCGGAACAAGGAUCGAGGGCGAGACAGCGGGAAAAACCAUGGAAACGGGGAGAAGUAACUCUUACUUAGAAACGGACAUAGACACAGCCCAUAAAAACGGGGAAUAGAUUUUUAAAUUAUUUUUAAGUUUAUAGAAUCGAAUGUGUAUAAACAUGUACAGAAAUGGAGAAUGAUCUCACUCAGAGUUUUAUAUUUUUAUACCUAUUGAUUUCAAUGUAUCUUCAUGAUCAAUUUAUCUCAUAACAUUGUCUAGUUUUUAACAAAGGCACUUGGAUUCAAAACCUUCAAAUUACCGAUCUCCUGCAAUGAAAACAUUAAGAGAAAUACAUUUGUGUUUUUGUCAUCAAGUGCCUAUGUUACUCAAUUGCCAUAUAUGAAUAUGUCAUAAUACAUUUGAUUAUUACUAGUCAUUGUCAAAUUUUGCUAACACAGCUGUAGUUGCUUUUCCUUUUUUGUAUAUAGUUUUUUUUUAUUAUUAUUAAAACAGAAACCAGCAUCUUAUAAUUUCUAAAAUAAAAUCAAUGCUACAAAAA